AUGUCCGACAACGGUGACGACUACGAUGGCGGUGCUGGAGACAUCGAUGAGCCUCUCAUCGAGUUCGAUGAAGAAGCCGAGCCCGAUCUCAUGGACGACGAGGACGACCACAUGGGCGGCGGCGGCGAGGACCCAGACAACGCCGACCCCAACGACGACAAUGUAGUGGUGUCCGGCGAUGCCAGCGCGGCUGCAGCAGCCAGGGAGGCAGCCAAAAACACUGUCACGAGCGAGAAAGACAAAAAGGUCCCCAACGACAAGCGCACAACCACGCCUUACAUGACCAAGUACGAGAAGGCGCGUGUGCUCGGUACAAGAGCGCUCCAGAUCAGUGGAAAUGCCCCGGUAUUGAUUGACGUGGAAGGUAUGACGGAUCCUCUGCAGAUUGCUGCCAAGGAAUUGCAAGAGAAGAAGAUUCCGUUGGUUGUACGGAGAUAUCUGCCUGAUGGUUUCUACGAAGACUGGACUUGUGAAGAACUCUUGACAUAA